CGAUUGGGCUGCAUGUUCUCCAGGGUAAAGGAUGACUGCGCGCAACCGAAGGACUGGAAGGCUGAAAGCUUGUGAUCCCUGGGCAGAUAUCAAGCACUAUGCAGGCUUGAUAUCUAUCACGUCAUCAUACAGCCAUCGCUCAUAUAACACAAUGGAAAUCGACAUACGGUGUUUGCCAGUCAACCUAACCACCACAGAUGCCCAAUUUCUCUAGCAGGACGAGUGUUCGAUCGGUCUCCUUACUGCUUGGGAUGCUUGCUGGCGGGAAGAAGAUGGAUUCUGCUCAACUUCCACUCCGACAUUAUGUCCCAGCAAAGCCCGAUGGGCCAUUCCCGUACUCGGCAGCAGACCUCACACCUAUGGACGCGGGAAAUGAUACUGGCUUUUAUGGUCCUGCUCGCUUUGUGACACAUAUUGAUGACAAUGCCAUUGUGAAUCUUCGCGGGUAUUAUGAUCAGGUUUUGCCUCGAAAGGGACGAAUUCUUGAUUUCUGCUCCAGUUGGAUUUCUCACUAUCCGCCCGAGCUCGAACAGGCGGCUGCCUCAGGAGAAUUGGAGAUAGAUGGGACGGGAAUGAACAAGGCGGAGCUGAGCAAGAACUCGGUGUUGAAGCAUUGGUCUGUGCAGGAUCUCAACGAAGACCCUGAGGUACGGAUACCAGGCUCUAUGGAAGGGGGACUCGACGCGGCGACUUGUGUGGUGUCUAUUGAUUACUUGACAAAGCCGGUGGAGGUACUGCGGAGCAUUCGAAAGCAGACAAACAAAGGUGGCAAAGUUCACUUGAUCAUCUCGAAUCGGUGCUUUCCCACAAAGGCGGUUGGUCGAUGGUUGAAGGUGGACGAGGACGACAGACUGGACAUGGUCGGCGAUUACCUUUGGUGGAGUGGAUGGCGUAAUAUUGAGAUUCAGACACUGGUAGCAGGAUCAUUCAUGAGAGAUCCUUUGUGGGUGGUAAGAGCACAGAACGAACCUGAACAGACUGAGCAAGACAAGGCGCAGACACAGUAACAAGGCUGGGUCGAGGGGCCCGAUUGCCAGAUGAUUGGACAGGAUAGGGACGGACCUGCCGGGAAAUCAUCGGUUGGUGCCUAAGGGCAAGUCCCAUAAGCUUCACGACCACCCCAAUAGGCGUCACGAACCGCGACUUCCCGCUAUAUCAUUUCUCUCAACACGUCAAUAAA